AUGGAGCCCGACACGCCCGAAGACCGUCCCGGGUCUCCGCUUCGGCGAGCUUGUGACCAAUGUAGACUUAGAAAGAUACGGUGUAACAAGGAAUACCCGUGCUCCAACUGCCGAAGUGCUAGACGAUCAUGUAGUUCUACUGGUGUUGGCCAGAAACCAAAGGAGCCACGGCAACGUGUACUCAUAUCUAGCCAAUAUGAGAGGAAGAUCGAUUUGAUCGAGGAGCGGCUUGGUGGUAUCGAGACUCUCUUACGGAACUUGAGCCCCAUCUCAUCAUCAACAUCUCCAUCCACCGCAGAGGCUUCUACGCGACGGUCUGCCAAUAAGUCAACCUCCUGGUCGCCAAACCGCCAAGACGAUGCAUCAAGCACCGUCUUCGACCCAGAGGAUGUUGGUGACUUCGAAGGUAACUCGUCUAUGGCAGCGCACACGGCCUUCGCAAGCGAGUUCCUCGAGAAUGCCGUGCAGAGCACCCCGCUCCAGUUACAGGGCGUCAGCAGCAAGAUGGACGCUGCCCUGUCAUCGUUGCGGCAUCUGGUUAACAUGCAAGAGAACCGGCGCGCCGUCUCAUCCUUCCACGAGUUUCGCUUACAGGGUCAGAAACAAUCGUCUAAAGCUACAUUGCGGGACUUGCCGUUACCUCCUAUGACUCUUGUGGCGGAGAAGCUUAAGGAGAUGAAAUUUGGGCCGCUUCCCGUGAUGCUCGCCGUGAUCUAUUCCUUCAUUGACAUGGAACACUUCAUCAACCAAUGUCGCCGGGUAUAUUUCAAUAUGGACGACAUCACCGAUGCAACUUUCAUCUACGUCAUGUCCGGGCUCGCAUAUCUCUUUUUAGACUGUGGGCUAACCUCGAAGACUCCUGAGGAGAGAGCUCAAUACGACUCGUAUUGUCGGAUGUGUCAGAAGAACCUGGAGACUGUGUUGUCGCAAGUCAAAUUACUCAUGCCAGUUACGAUGGAAAGUCUCGAAGCCUUGCUUAUGGCGGCCAGCUUCUCGAUUGACGUCUCACGGCCAUCACUAGCAUGGUUGUUAGUAUCCAUGGCGGCGCAUAUGUGUCGAACCCUUGGUCUUCACCAAGUCCACUCUAUGAAGGGCGAUACACUGCAAAAAAAGGCCGAUAAAUCACUUCUAUUCUGGUGUACGUAUAUGCUAGACAAAGGACUCUCGCUCCGACUAGGGCGCGCGUCUAUCCUACAAGACUACGACAUCUCGCUGCCGCAUAUCGUGCCCGAGGCCAAGGUUGAAUAUCCUGGCACGGAGAUCAUGACACUGUGGAUCAAGCAUGCGCAGAUCCAAGGCCGCGUAUACGAGCGUCUAUAUAGCCCAGGCGCUCUGCGACAGCCCGACAUGUACCGUGUCGAACAAGUAGGCAUCCUGGCUACGGAGCAGAGACGCAUCAUGGAAGAAAGCCUGGUGCUCUUUAACGAGUUUAAUGACUCUACCCUACCCGAUAGGAAUACUUUCGCCAUCGAGCUCAAGUCUGAUCACGUCUCGCACUUAUCCUCGCUGGCGCUCAUUUACCGCGCCUUGCCCCCCAACGGCCCGCGUUCCCGCACAUUCUCCGACGAGUGUGUCGACGCUGCCCGGGCGGCCAUGUUAUGCCAUCAAGAGGCGAUGGAGAUGAUGCACGACCAGUCGCUGAAGAUUGUGUACAUCCACUGGACAAUCCUCUACGCCCCCUUCAUCCCCUUCAUCGUGAUCUUCUGCCUCGUGAUCGAGACCUCCAGCGCCGACGACCUCAAAGGGCUCGCCGACUUCGUGCACUCCCUCGAGGCCGCCACCGAGCUCUCCCACUCCAUCAACAAGCUGCACCAGCUGUGCGAGGUCCUGUACAACGUCGCGCAGCUGUACGUCGAGGCCAAGGCCCAGCAGCCCCUUGACCAGGAUAUGGUCCCCGUGGGUAACGAGUUCAAUAUGUAUCUUAGUCAGUUGGGGUUCAUGCCCAUGGAUGAGGGCGCGGCGGCUGGGCUAGCGGGUUUUGAGGUGGGCGAUGGUGGUGGUGGAGGAGGAGGAGGGGAUGGUAGUGGUGGGGUUCAUGGUGCCGAUGAUGACGCGAGUAGGUCUAUGGCGCAGACGACGCAGCUCGGCGACUGGUUCUCGGGGAACAAUCAUAUGCUGGGGAUGCUGGAGGAGGAUCUCUCGGGGAUUAAUCCCUCGGGGUGGCCGUCGUGA